CACAUUAGUCCAACAUGGCAGCGUCCAUGGCAGGAACCUGCCGUUAUGUAUCGCUGCAUGGAUCCUUUAUUCUACAAAGGCGAACACGUCUUUACCUCACACUCAAAUCUAAGUUUCACUGCACUUCUCCUGCACAUAACGGGCUGCUAUUUACUCUAAAUAAACGCGGUAUUCUGAAGAACUCUUUCCCAGAAGACGCAGCUCAGGACCGGCUUCCUCGGCUGCUCCAGUCCGGGGCUCAGACUGUGUACUGCGGCUUUGACCCCACGGCCGACAGCCUCCAUGUGGGCAACUUGCUCGCUAUCAUCGGCCUGCUGCACUUCCGCAGCGCCGGGCACCAUGUCCUCGCUGUGCUCGGAGGGGCCACGGCACAAAUCGGAGACCCAAGCGGGAAAACGAGCGAGAGGGAGCGGAUGUCUGCGGAGGUUGUGGAGGAGAACACCCGCAGCAUACGGGAGAGUAUCCAGAGGAUUUUCACCAACCACGAAGUGCACUUUCAGGACAAUUCCAAGAAGCUGGGCACGGUGAAUGUAUUAAAUAACCUGCACUGGUACAAGGACUGGAGCGUGGUGGGCUUCUUGUCGGAGGCCGGGAGGCACCUCCGGAUGGGCACCAUGCUGAGUCGCCACAGCGUGCAGACCCGGCUGAAGAGCCCGGACGGGAUGAGCCUCACGGAGUUCACCUACCAGAUGUUCCAGGCUUAUGACUUCCACCACCUCAACCAGAUAUACGGCUGCAAGAUCCAGCUGGGGGGCUCCGACCAGCUGGGCAACUUGAUGUCUGGACAUGAGUACAUUCACAAAGUGAGCGGUGAGGAGGUGUACGGCCUGACCCUCCCUCUGGUGACCAGCACUGUGGGGGACAAGCUGGGGAAGACCGCCGGCAACGCAGUGUGGCUCAACAGAAACAAGACGUCUCCCUUCGAACUCUACCAGUUCUUAGUCAGGCAGCCAGACGCCAUCGUGAAACAUUACCUGAAGCUGUUCACCUUCCUGCCUCUGGCGGAGGUGGAGAGGGUGAUGGAGCAGCAGAGAGAGGAUCCAGAGAAACGCCUCGCACAUAAACGUCUGGCCGCAGAGGUGACCAAACUGGUGCAUGGGAAGGAAGGCCUCGAGAGUGCAAAGAGAUGUACAAACGCGCUGUACCACAGCAGCGUGCAGGCUUUGGAGGAAAUGAGUGACGAGGAGCUUCAGGAGCUCUUCAGGGAGGCUCCCUUCCACGAGCUGCUGUUGGAGCCGGGAACCACGGUCAUAGACGCCUGUCGCAGCAUCAACGCCAUCCCAGAGGGACCCAGAGGGUAUCAAAUGGUUUUGGCGGGAGCCGUGUCGAUCAACCACAUGUGUGCGGACAAACCAGAGCAGGUGCUGAUCCCCAAACUCCAUAUCUUAUCAAAUGGACUUUCCUUGCUCAAAGUGGGCAAGAAGAACUUCUACAUCAUCAAGUGGCUCAGUCUCUGAGGCUGUCACGCUGCUCUCACACAGGACCAGUUUGACCUUACCUUUGAUGGACUGAUUGGGAAGGUAGGCGACUCUACCUCUGCAAGAUCAGUCAUGAUGUGGAUGGAUUCAUAUUUUGGGACAUUCUUGUUUUUUUUGGCUUGAAACCUUGAGUUAGGCCAAUUAUUGUCAUAAAUAUGUAUAUGUACAGACAUAUCUAAAGCUAUGGUAUUAAAAAGCGUUUGAUAUAAA